GCGCAUCAAAUAUCCAAUCUGAAGCAAAUCAGAUCUAAACCAUUUUUCUUCCACAAGCAGCGACGAGCACCCACGAACCCUAGGUUCGAUUUCCUCACUCUUUUCUUCAAAUUCUUGGCCAAAUUUCUUUGAAUUUCUCCCAAAUUCAUCUUCAAUUUCAUCAAAAUGCCAAGGAGAAGACCGGAAAAGCCGCCUUACGUCCCAACCUUAGGUGCGAUUUGGAGAUUGGACGGCCUAACCUACGUCCAUACACCAUCCAACAUCUGUUUCGCCAACACCACGGAUGUUGAGAAGUUCCAAAAAGAGUUUCUGGACAGGGAGAUUAUCUCACCGAAGAUCGUUGAGCCGACCCUCUUCAACGACGUAACCAAUGCCCCGUGCAAAGCUCCUUUCCAACGGCAAGGAGUAGACUUUUCACGCGACAUAAGGGUACCGGUGAAGAAUACGUGCUUCAUCCAAGAGACGAAGUUCAUCCGUGUCGUUUGCCGGAACGAGGGUGAAAUGCCUCAACAAGGAGUGAUCGAGCAAACUGAAGGCAUCCUUGAGAGUGAAGCCGAGACUGAGGCCGUUCGUAGCCGCUCUAGAGCAGGACCUAGCAAUGCUGGUGAAGGAACAAGCAAUGCAGGGGAAGAAACUAGCCGAGCCGCGGUAAGAGAAGCCCGACGCCGACGCCCAAAACCGAGAGCGGAUGAGACCGAGCCUUCUUGGGUCCGGAAGAUUUUGGAUGCCAUCACAUGUGUUCGUGACGACAUCAGGCAUCUUACCGAUUGAGUCCCCCGCCUUGAGGAUUCCCGCCACUCUCGCUCAUACCGAGGUCCACAUCAUAGCUUUUCCGGAGGACCUAGGCCGGCAAAUUCUCUUUGACCUUGUUUUUUAAGCUUUAAGGAAUAAUGGUUGUUUUUUUUU